AGGAGGAGGUGGGUGAAGAAAUGAGAUGAACUAUGGGGGCAUUUUUUAAACACGCCAGCUAUUGCGUGACGUCAUGUGGGUACAAUCUCCUUGAACUAAUUUCGCCAUGAUGAUGGUCGUUAUGCUAAAAGUGGGACACGUGGGAUAGUGAUGAAAAUAUAUCUGUCACUGUGGGACUCCACUGUAUGCAAGAUUUUAUUCAUUUAAAAUCUAGAUCGUUGUACAAAGACAGGGAUUAACAUCUAAUUACUCGCAGUGAAAUGCGACGCAGCUGAAAGCAUGGUGUUAUUAUGAUGAAAUUUUGAUAAUAUUUUGGAAGUAUUGAAAGAAUUGUUAAAAGCCAAAAAGAUGAUAUUUAAAAUGAAAUAGUAAAAGCAGCCCUUCUGGCAAGUUUUCAAGGAGAUUUAAAAUCUGGUCUUGAUUUUGGAAUUGGCUUUGAGAUGGUGCCGAGUGUGAUCACGCCGCUAGCACCUUCCUAGCACUGCACAUGUAAGUGAUACCAAAUUUGAUCACACCCCUAGCGCUGCACAUGUAUGUGAUACCAAAUUUGAUCACACCCCUAGCACUGCACAUGUAUGUGGUGCCAAAUUUGAUCACACCCCUAGCACUGCACAUGUAUGUGGUGCCAAAUUUGAUCACACCCAUAGCACUGCACAUGUAUGUGGUGCCAAAUUUGAUCACACCCCUAGCGCUGCACAUGCAUGUGGUACAAAAUUUGAUCACACCCCUAGCACUGCACAUGUAUGUGGUGCCAAAUUUGAUCACACCCCUAGCACUGCACAUGUAUGUGGUGCAAAAUUUGAUCACACCCCUAGUGCUGCACAUGUAUGUGGUGCCAAAUUUGAUCACACCCCUAGUGCUGCACAUAUAUGUGGUGCCAAAUUUGAUCAAACCCCUAGCACUGCGUCAAGGGUAUGAGAAUCACUGUUGUGAUAUGAGAGUCACUUUUGUUAUGUUUGGUUGGUAUGUAAAAGAUGUUUAGUGUAGAGAUUAUGUGUGUGGCUGUGUCUUUUGUGUGAGAUAUUUGUGAUGUGUUUGGGCAGGGGAAAAUGAAGCGUUAGUUUAGUUGCUGGUAUGGUGGAUAGAUGGCCGUUGUAUGAUAUUCACGGCAUAGCUUGUUUUGUGUGUUGAGAAUUUCGGCUUGAUGAAUCGUUAAAGGAGAACGUAGAUUUGUUAAAGAAUUGGAUUGUUAGUACGGUAUACAUUACUCCGUCAGGUUUUGACGAUGUAUAUAAUAAAC